GAUGAGCCGCUCGUCGCUUGAUGGAGCGAGCCUCACAGCCGCGAGCGCCGCCCACGCUGCGUCCAAUGCGGUUGCCGCUGGCCUCGCCACAAUCUCCAGCUGCCCGUUCCUCUGGACUGAGGAGCGGCUGCUGCUCCAGCGGAUUCUGCGCGACCGCGAGCGUGAAGCUGACUUUAGCUCGCUCAAGACCCGAAACUCGUUCAUGCUGGUUCUCGACGAGGACGACACGCUGGGCAUCGGGGAAGAGUCCCGCAUGAUUGUCGAGGAGCUGUUUGUGCGAUCACCGUCAUCAGCAACCCCGCCUCCUGCCACCAAUGCUACUACCACCAGUAGUCGCAGCAGAGACACAACACCAAGCGCAUCGAGCACGGACAUGCCAAUAGCAGACGAUGGCGGCCCCAAGAGCGCAUCGAGCACGAGCACAAGCACCACACUGUCCAGCUUGUCCUCUGUCGACGCUGCUUCGACAACAAGCAGCGAAUCUGCCGCUCCAAGCAGCACCAGUGCCAGUACCAGUACCAGUGCCAGUGCGAGCAGUGCUACUGAUGCCGAUGACGAGGGCGAGUCGUUUGGCAUCCGAGACAGCGACAACAGCACCCUGCCAAACGUCAUUCGGACCGCCUCGCAGGAGGUCCUCAAUAUUGCAGUCACCGAGGCGUCCGCCGCAAUCGGUGUCGACACACUCUCACCCAGCGAUGCGGCCGAAAUGACAAAGCGCAUGUCGCAGACGACCGUCCGUGGCCGUGGUCUCUCCCCGCAGCGUCUCUCAAUGUGGAGCAUGUACUACGAGGGCAAAAUGGAUUUGCUGGCGCUGCUCGACGAGCUGGGCGAUCUCGAAGAUGUGGAACGGGAAUACCUCUCGAAUGCUCUCGAGUCGAACGACGCCAAGAAAGCAGCAGCGGGCAACACUGUCGCUCUCCAUCAAUCCAUCAUCUGGAACGCGACGGAAUACUGCCUGUACAUUGACAUCCCGGCAGACAAGAAUGGCUCUGGAUGCACGUUCUCGAUCGAGUCGGACGAUCUGGUCUCACGCUCGCCGCAAACGCCUUCUGUGACCACCCCAACCCUACGCGUCACGGCGACGCUCGUUGAAAAGGACAAGUUGGCCGAGCGAUGCGGUGUGCACGUUGGCGACACGGUCAUGGUCAUCAACGGCAAUCGCGUCGAAGACUUGUCGCCGCAAGCCAUCACGGACACGCUGGCGGACAAGGAGCACACGUUGUCGCUCAUUCUGCGACGCCCCUUGGGCUCGCAGCAGCAAGGGACUGUUGUGCUCGACGAGUGGCUGUCGCCGGUGAAUACGGACAACAUUUGGCUCGAAACCACCACCACCGGGCAAAACAUGCUGUUCGAAGACGCGGAAGGCAAAAUUGUCAAAGCUGGCAGCCUGAAUGCGCUCGUUUCGAGCCUCACCUCCAACCACGACCCGAACUUUGUGCACGUUUUCAUGGUCACCUUCAAAUCCUUCACCACGAUGGAAGAGUUGCUCAAGAAGCUCUUCCAGCGCUACUUUGUGCCCGAGUGGGUCAAGCAACGCCAGAACAAUGGACCCAACUUUGACGCGCGCGUGCAAUUCCUGGUUUGCAACGUCCUCAAAAAGCUCAUCAACGACCAUUGGGCCGACUUUACAGGCCGAUCCAUCCUGCUCAUGCGCGAAUUCCUCUAUCGUGCAAACAAGGGUGAGGCUCGCUCGGCGAGUGUUGAGAAUGUGGCGAAUGCGUUUGCUGGAAAGCUCAGCGCCAUGGACAAGCGGAAUGCCGCUCCCGCCAGCAGCCCCGCGCCGAGCUCAACAAACACCUCGCCGGCCGUCUCGCCCAUCGUUGCGCAGCGCAAGCAAAGCAUUUUCAAGUCUGCAGAUCCUUUUAUUCGCUCAAACAGCUCGCCAACAAUGCAGUCGAUUCUUCCGUCGCUGAAUUCGCUGCGUUCCUUGAGCGGAUCUUCGCUCGGGCUCCCUGGCCAACCACAGACGGCGGCGGCUGGAUUGCCUGCUGGACAGCAACAGGCCGGGGCAGGAAACACUGAAUUUGUGUCCAAUCUCCUGUCGCCUGUCAAAUCUGUCGCCGUGGCGCGACCCUCCCCUCUGAAUUUCCGGUCGGAGGAUAUUGCCGCGCAAAUCACUCUUGUGGAUUCAAUGCUCUUCCGGCGCAUCAAAUUCCACGAGCUGCUCGACCAGUCGUGGAGUCGCGACAAGCUCAAGCAUCUCUCGCCGAACGUCCUCGGCGUCAUUAAGCGCUUUAAUGACGUGUCAAACUGGUGCGCGUUCGAGGUGUUGAGCGAGGACAAGGCGUCUGCUCGCGGCGAUGUCAUUGCCAAGUUUAUCAAAAUCCUGGUGCACUUGCGCACGCUCAACAACUUUUCGAGCAUCAUUUCCAUCAUUGCUGGCUUGAACUGCGCCGGUGUGGUGCGAUUGAAGCACUCGUACAGCGCCGUGCCGAAAAAGUACCUGGAUCAGCUGGUCGAGCUCACUGAGCUCAUGUCCCACGAGAGCUCGUACCGCAACUACCGCCAGCAGCUGGUUGUAUGCGGCUUGCCCUGUGUGCCGUAUCUCGGCCUGUCGCUGUCCGAUCUGACCUUCAUGGAUGACGGCAAUCCAAACAAGCUCGAUGGGCUGAUCAACUUCUCCAAGCGACGCUUGGUCCAGCGCGUCAUUGAGAGCAUUCGCCUGUACCAGCUGGACGAGUACCCCAUCCAGCCCGACCCAGUCAUUCUGCAGAUGAUUGAUCAGUAUCCUCGCAUGACGGAGGAUGAAAUGUACAAACGAUCUAUUGAAGUCGAGCCACGCGGCGGCCAGUCGUCCCAACGCCGGCCAACCUUGCUGAAGAAGCAAAUCAAAAAGCUGACUGGCAAUGACCGCCGCCAAUCGCUGGCUUAGGUUGGUUUUUGUUUUUCGUUUCUUCUUUUUGUGAAUCUGUUUUUUUUUUUUUUUUUUUUUUUUUUGUUUUCUUUCUACUAGUCGAUUUUGUUAUUGUCUAGCGCCUCUACCUUCUCGUUUCUGUAUUUGGUGCUUGCUUUGGAAUGCGUUCCGGAUGAUGUGUUUGCGUUGCUUGUUGUUUGCCUUCUCGUCCCCUACCUCAUGCACGUUUGCUCCUGCAAUGAAAAAAAAACUGCCUUUGUUUGCGGACGCAACUUGCAAGUAUGCAGGUAAUCGUUGUGGUUGUUGAUGUGAUGAUGAUGUUGUUCUUUCGAUUAUAA